AUGGAUCAUUGGAAAGUUGCAAAGAAAGUACUUAGGUAUUUACAAGGCACUAAGGAUCAUAUAGUCACUUAUAGAAAGUCCAGCCAUCUAGAAGUGGUGGGAUACUCGGAUUCAGACUAUGCCGGAUGUGUAGAUUCGAGAAAGUCUACAUUUGGCUACUUUUUUCUUCUAGCUGGAAGAGCAGUAUCGUGGAAAAGUAGAAAGCAGUCUGUCAUUGUUACUUCCACAAUGGAGGCUAAAUUUGUGGCAUGCUUUGAGGCCACUGUUCAUUCAUUGUGGUUGCAGAACUGUCUCAGGUACUAUAAGGGUGCAAAGCACAUGGAUUUAAAGUACCUAUCUGUGAAAGAAGAAGUGCAAAAACACAAAGUGUAA